UAAGUCCAAAGGUCUUUUUCUGCUGGCUACCGUCACUCACUUUACUCUCCUCUGCUGAUGUUUCCUGUUUUCACUGUCAAACUUCUCCAUCUCUCCUCCUCUGUCAUCUCUGCACACCGGUGUGCCUGUGUAGGCUGAAGCUAUUUACCAAAAAAAGAAUGGGCAAGAGUUUCAGCUUCUGAACUAAAAAAAACACAUUUUUUAUCUGAACACAAAAACAUUUUGUUCAGAUAUUUAUUAAUAAAAAGUGGUGAAAAUUCUGCAUCAUUCUCAUUAAUCUUCAGUUACACACUACAUUGUGUUGGUUUCGUUUGUGGUUGUAAAAACGGGAAAAAGUCCAAGAUGUCUUAAAACAUUUGCCAGACACUGGACAAAAUGUAUCUUGUGCAUGUUCAGUGUCUUCUCUUAGCUUUUGGUUUUACUAACUUCAUCUCCUGCUGCCUCUUCAUCCGCCUCAGAGCCCCCCACCUGCUCCACAGAGCAGUUCACCUGCUCCACGGGAGAAAUUGGCUGUAUCCCCAUGGCCUGGCGUUGUGAUGGCUUCCCAGAGUGUGAUGACGGCAGCGACGAAGUGCACUGCCCCAUCUGCUCUGCCUUCCAGUUCCAAUGUGAUGAAGGAAGCUGCAUCGAUGCUCAGAAACGAUGUGAUGGAGAACCUGACUGUCCUGAUAAGUCUGAUGAGCAUGAAUGCAACACUGUCUGCCCUCCCAACCAGUUCCGCUGUGGGGACAACCAUUGCAUCACUAAGAAACAGCAGUGUGACAAUUACUCAGACUGUCUGGAUGGCUCUGAUGAGCUGGCUUGUGAUUAUAUUUCUCCCUCCUCAAGCUUCAUUCCCAGUAAUGAAACCACCAACCCCAUUGGCCCAGUCAUUGCCAUCAUUCUGCUCAUGUUUGUGAUGGGAGGAGCGUGCUUUGUCUGCCAGCGUGUGGUGUGUCGGCGCUACAAGGGUCCUAACGGGAGCUUUCCUCAUGAAUACAUCAGUGGGACGCCUCAUGUGCCUCUCAACUUCAUCACCCCCAGCAGCUCCCAACAUGGCACCUACCAAGGGAUCUCCUGUGGAAAGUCCACCCUGAGCUCAGUCAGCCUGAUGGGCAGCAGCAGCAGCGGAGCCCCUCUCUACGACAGGAAUCAUGUGACUGGAGCUUCAUCCAGCAGCUCCUCGUCUACUAAAGGAGCCUUCUACCCAAAGAUCCUGAACCCUCCUCCAUCUCCGGCCACGGAUCGGUCUCUUUACAACACAGAGAUCUUCUAUUCCUCCAACAGUCCUUCUACAACCAGAUCAUACAGGCCCUACCACCCAGUCCGUGGAGGGGCCCCGCCUACCACCCCCUGCAGCACAGACGUCUGUGACAGCGACUACACCCCCCACCACCCUCCUACGGGCAUGCUGCUGUCGGGGGGACGCUGGAAGGCCCCUGGCCACGCCGCUCAUGGCAAACCUACUAAAUACUACAUGGACCUUAACUCAGAUUCGGACCCCUACCCUCCACCCCCCACCCCACGUUCUCAGUACAUGUCUGCUGAGGAAAGCUGUCCCCCGUCCCCUUCCACUGAACGUUCCUACUUCCACCUGUGUCCCCCUCCUCCCUCCCCCUGCACCGACUCAUCAUGACCCUCCAACCACCUGGGGGAAUCAAAGGGAUGAAGUGGACUCACUUCUUUGUUCUGAAAUAAACUAAUGUGCCAACAGUCAGCCUGACGGGUGGAGGGGUGGGGAGGGGCUGUCUCAUACCUGCCACUUUAUAUGAACUAGAAACUAGGUGAAGUGCCUUCCCCAAGCUCCGCCCAUCCUCCAUCUGAUAUUCCAAUCAUCCUCAGGAAGGCUCCUGUUGAGCCCACGGCCUGAGGAGAACUGCUGAGCUGGAUCCCUCUGGAUCCUUCUGGAACCUUCUGGAAGCUGUUGGAGUUUUGAGGUGAUGCCUGCUUUGCCUCAAGCCUCAGAAAAGAGGUGAGGAGAGAAUUCAGCCCGCAGCUCCUUCCUCCAGUCCCUGGACCUGUUUUUUCUGACAAACCCUGAUCUGGCCAUUUUUUCCUUUAACUCUUCAUUAUGGAAAUAUGAACUGAGCAGCUGAAGAGAUCACUGAGACUGAAUACAAGCCACUGGCCGGGGCCUCUGCCCCCCCUGCCCCUCCUGCCUCCUGGGCCCCCUGGCCAUCUGGCCCCAGCAUUUCACCACUGUCCUUCUCCUCUUGUCAGUGUUGGCAGACACGGCAGCAGCAGGAAGCAUUAGGCUGCUGACAGAAAGUCCGCCUGAGUCAUAUUUUACUGAUGGAACACAAACACCGUUUCUUGUGUUUUUCAUUCCCUUCUUCUGUCUUUCAAUCUUUUUGUGCCCCUCCGUUCCUUCCUCGUAUCCCUCUAUUCUUUCCUUUCUCUCUUCAUUUUCUCCCUUGUGCUCAUCCUUCUGUCUUUCCGUGUAUGUUUCCUUCUUUUCAUCUUUCCAUACUUUCCUUCCUUCCUUCUUUGCAUCUUCUUUCCUCCAGUCCUUUCUUACUUUCUUGUUUUUGUGAAUUCCGUAUCUAAAUCUUAUCAUGGUGGAAAUCUGUUCCUUAAAUUCAAGGUGAACUUGAGAAUUUACCAUUUUAAAAUGAACCUGAAGAACUGCUAGAGUUAAGUUUGGAAUAUGUAGAUGAGACCUGUUUAGGAGCUUCUGUGACUGUUUGCUGGAUGGAUGGAAGCAGAUGGAUGUCAUCACAUGAUGGAUGGAGGAAGGAGUGAAUGGUGGCAGCGGGAGGCGGAUGCAACAUCAUCACCAUCACAGCAGGAGCAGCUCCAGCUUUUGUACAUAAUGUGGAAUGAAGUCAGUGAACCUGUCUGUCCCU